CUCGCAUGAUCCCAACUAUUAUUCUCUACCCUCUCCGCUCUCAUCUCAGCUGCUCGUUUUUUCCCCCAACUCCGAAACCCACCCACCUCUCUCUCUCUCUCUCUCUCUCUCUCUCUAACCCUCUCCGAAGCAUAACAAAACCCUUCUCUCCCCUCCCUACUCUAUCCGAUCGAAACCUUAAAUAGCAGUAAAGAUCGGUUCUUGCCCUAAAAUAAUCGCAACCGGGGCUCUUACCUCUGGCCCUAGAUUUCCGUGGCUCGAUUAUCCCCUAAUUUUUCUUUUUUCCAAUUCUUUUGCUGAUCCGCGGUUUGGGAGUGGAGUAUCUGCCUUUGGAUCUGCGGUUUUAAUCUGAUUUUGGUUAUACGGUCGCAAUUUGGUUGCGUUUCCGAGCUCACAUGGCUGGAGCGAUUGGUUAGGGUUUCUGUGUUCUCAGGAGAUAGGGCCAUGGGGAGCACUGGAGAGCCGGAUAGGAAGCGGCGCCACUUCAGCUCCAUCUCCCCCACGGCUGGUGCGGCCGCGAAGAAGCAGCCACUCCCUCCUUUUUCGGAGGAUAAGAAGCUUGAUGUUGCUGUGCUUAAAUACAAAAAUCAAAAGCUUGUUGAACAAGUAGAAGCCCAGAAAGUCGAGUACCUUGUUCUUGAGGAUAAAUUGAAUCAGCUAAAAGAGAAACAGAAGACGUACACCGGCACGUUAACCGUGGUUAAUGAGUCUUGGGACCGGCUUGUCAGUGAUUUGGAGUCAAUUUCUGUUUGCACAAGCGGCUCUUCAAAUCAUGGACGUGAUUUAAGGCAUAAUAAUAUACACGACGAUGGAGUGUCCUCGGCAGCAAAGGAGGAUUUUUUAAACAGACUCCUAGAAACAGGUGCUACUGAAAGUUCAGGAUGUAUAUCGCCUAGUCACACAGAAAAUGACAUAAGAACAUUGCAGUCAUCAUCAAAGAACAUCUUCAGGAAUGUUAUGUCAUUGUCCAAUGGUGUGUGGCAUUCAAAUAGGGAGCUGGCUUCCGCUCUUCUGGUAGCUCUACCAGAAGAUGACCCCAGCAAACAACUGCAGAAUAAUACGAAAGACCUCCUGGCAGAACUUAAUAAUAUUCUAGUAUCUGUAGAUGAUCUUCAUUUAAAGCACAGGCAAUUGGCAGAGAAGUUUCAGGACCAUAGAGAUGUGAAUGCUCGCAAUAAGGCUGAACACAAGCGAUUACGAGAGGAGUUGGCAAGUACUGUUGCUGAGUUGGAAGAAAGCAAUCGUAAACUGGCUAUCCUUAGGGCAGAAAAAGAUCCAAGCCAAGGCACUCCUUUGCUUUUUCCUACCUUAGGAAAUAAGCAUGCUGCUGGAGAUAAGACCAGAGAUAAGCAAAAAGAACUGCAAGAUCUGGAGGCUACUUUGAAGGAAUUGAUGGAUUUACAUUCAAAACGAUUAGUUGAAAUUAAAAAUUUGCACGAAGAGAGAAUUGCAAUUCUGAAAAAGUUAGCAUGUUUUCAGAAUACUUUGAUGGAUAUCAAGAGUAUAUCUUCAUCCAAAGCUUUCCAGCUACUGAAUGAUCAAUUGCAAAAGUCAAAAGUUGAAAUGGACCAAUAUCAGACAUCAUUGGAGAAAUUACAGGUUGAAAAGGACAACUUCAUUUGGCAUGAAAGAGAAGUGAAUAUGAAAGUUGAUCUAGCUGAUAUUUCUCAAAGAGUCGCAGCAUAUUCUGAGUCCAAACUUGCGGAGUUAGAGAAAGGAAUACAAAAUCUAGCUGAUGAAAAGAUUUUGAUGGAGACCAAGCUUGAGGAGGCUUCUAGAGAACAAGGUAGGAAGCAAGUCAUCUCGGAGUUCAAAGCACUUGUAGCAUCACUACCUAAGGACAUGGGUAUUAUGCAAAGUAAAAUUACUAAAUAUAAGGAAGCUGCCUCAGAUCUGCAUUCUUUGCGAGCAGAAGUACAAUCUCUUUCUACUAUGUUGAGCCGGAAGGAAAUUGAAUUGGCAUCUUUAUCUGGGAGAUCUGCUAACAGCAUCUCUGAAGUGAAGAGAUUGCAAGAUGCUGUCCGAGAUAUCAGACAGACUAACAAGGAGCUGAAGCUAUUUCUGGAGAUGUAUAGACGUGAAUCAACAGAUUCCAGGGAUGUAAUGGAAUCUCGAGAUAGAGAAUACAAGGCAUGGGCUGUUGUUCAGUGUCUUAAAUCCUCUCUAGAUGAACACAAAUUGGAGUUGCGUGUCAAAGAAGCCAAUGAAGCUGAAGCAGUAUCCCAGCAAAGAUUAGCUGCUGCUGAAGCUGAGAUUGCUGAAUUGAGACAGAAAUUGGAGGCUGCUGGAAGGGAUAUAUGUAGAUUUUCGGAGACUUUGGAAUCUAAACAUGAAGAAGGCAAUGCCUACCUAUCUGAAAUUGAGAGCAUUGGACAAGCAUAUGAAGAUAUGCAAACUCAGAAUCAACACUUGUUGCAACAAAUUACAGAGAGAGAUGAUUACAACAUAAAGCUUGUUAUGGAGACUCUUACAGCUAGGCAAGCGCUGGAUGCGCUGCGCUUUGAAGUGCAAACCUUGGAUAAAAAGUUGCAGCAUGCAAACUCAUUGGUGGAUUUGUAUAAUGUAAAAACUUUGCGAUUAGAUGAUCAGUUGAAAGUUUGGUCCGACCAAGCUGGGAAGCUUGCUGAGGAAGGGUGGCAGAACUCUGUUUCUUUGGCCAAUGCUCAAAGGAGGGUAGUGGAUGUACAAAGCGAGUCUCAGCAAUUAAGGCAGUCAACAGAUGCUAUGCAAGCCAAGGCUGAGAGGAGCCGAUUAGAUGUUGCCGAGUUGCUUGUAGAACUGGAGAAGGAGAGGUUUAAUAAGAAGAGAAUUGAGGAGGGAUUAGAUAUAAUGACAAGGAAAGCUACCAGUCUUAGAGCUGAAACUGAGCGCUCGACAAUCCUGCAAAAGCUUCGACAGGAAAUUAAAGAAUAUAGGGGGAUACUGAAAUGUGGUAUCUGUCAUGAUCAUCAGAAAGAGGUUGUUAUUGCCAAGUGCUACCAUUUGUUCUGCCACCAUUGUGUUCAAAAGACACUUGAGAGCAGGCAUAGGAAAUGCCCUACCUGUGGAUCAAGCUUUGGGCCUAAUGAUGUCAAACCUAUCUACAUAUGAAGCAGGGUAUAUGCUAGUUUUGCUGAAGAUGGACACCAAUGGCUCAAUGAUGCUACACAAGAUAAGUUCUCUGAACACACAAGAGACUUGCUUGUAAUGCUUUGAUUUAGUUUUGUGUAACAUAUUGUAGGAAGGAUUAACUGGGUAGCGGAUUGCCUACCAAAGUAGGUUUUCUGGACAUUAUUAUUGGACUAGUGUUUAGUGUAUAGAUAGAUCUCUUUGGGCAUGGUUUUUUGCUCAUCUUUGUAAAGUCCAAUGAUCGAUUAUCAGGCCGGUCGUCCUUAUCCGUUUGAUUAUUUGAUUAUCCAGUGAAGAGCCCCACCAGUUCCGUUCAUCAAGUUUACUUUGUACACUAUAUAUUUUGUCUUAAUUAGUUAAUAAGAUAGCAUAGGUUGUUUUGGAGAAUUCUUCCAACUUGUACCCUGUAUUUUUCUUGAAGUGGAUGGCAAUAGUGAAAUUCCAAUUGUUUUGCAUGAUUUAA